AUGGCUAAUCAAGGUGGAGAAAUGCAAGUUCCCACCGGGGAACCUACAAUUGUUGAUUUGAUGAGGUUGUUGCAUGAUAUGAACAACAAGGUAGGGAGAUUGAAUAGUCAAAUGGAUCACCUGAAUAGUCAAUUAGAUCACCUAGAGAGUAGGAUAGAAAUCGUGGAAUGUAAAGAGAAACGACGAAAAGAGCGUGAUUGGUUCGAAACUCACGGAACUACCUAUGUACAAAGUGUUAUACCCAGAGAGAUUGGGAAUCUUCACAAAUUGGAGAAACUAUUUAUGUAUUCUAAUAACAUAGAUGGAGUCAUACCCAGCUCAAUUUCCAAUUCCUCAAAUCUAAAGGAAUUAUAUCUUUACGAAAACAAAUUGAGUGGUCAAAUUCCGAACUCGUUGGGGGAUUUGAGACAGCUUGAAAAUUUGGAUUUGUCGAGCAAUACUUUAACAGGUGUUAUACCUGGAGAGAUGGGAAAUCUUUACAAAUUGAAGAUACUAUCUAUGGGUGAUAAUAAAUUAAGUGGUUAUAUACCGGAAGAGAUGGGGAAUCUUUACAAAUUGGAGAUACUAUUUAUAGAUGAUAAUAAAUUAAGUGGUUCCAUACCGGAAGAGAUCUUCAAUAUCUCUGCACUAAGAGUGAUGUCACUUGAAUUCAAUAACCUUUCGGGUUGUCUUCCAUCCGCUCCAGGCUACUGGCCAACAAACCUAGAGAAAUUGUUUCUCGGUGGAAACAACAUUGGUGGAGUUAUACCCAGCUCAAUCUCCAAUUCCUCAAAUCUAAAGGGAUUACAUCUCGCUAAUAACAAAUUGAGUGGCAAAAUUCCUAACUCGUUGGGGGAUUUGAGACAACUUGAAGAUCUGAGAUUGUUCAAUAAUAACUUAUGGUCUCCACAUCUGAGUAUCUUAACUUCAUUGGUGAACUGCAGAUCUUUAACAGCUAUAGUAUUUGGGGAUAAUCCUCUGAAUGGUGUUCUUCCACAUUCCAUUGGUAAUCUCUCCACUUCUCUUAAACAAUUUUAUUUAUAUCGUUGUGAAAUUAGGGGCCAGAUACCGUUAGGAAUUGGGAAUUUAAGUAAAUUAAUCACUUUGUCCCUAUUCGGCAAUGAAUUGACGGGAUCAGUGCCAAGAACAUUAUGUAAUUUACACAAUCUUCAACGUUUAGGGCUUUUUGAUAAUAGGUUAAGUGGACCCUUGCCGAAGUGCCUUUGCAAAUUGCCGGAGUUGGGAGCAGUUGAUUUGUCAUAUAAUCAAAUUUCGGGUCCGAUACCGUACUGCAUUGGCAGUGUUACCUCUUUGAGAUAUAUUUCUCUAAAUUCAAAUAGGCUCACUAACAUACCCAUGAGUCUGUGGAGCCUCAAAGAUCUUUUGGAGCUUAACUUGUCAAAUAAUUCUUUGGUUGGUUCAUUGCCUCCUGAUUUCGGUAACUUGAAUCACAUAACAUUCAUAGAUCUGUCAAGGAAUCGCCUUUCAGGAAGUAUUCCCUCCAUAGUUGGAGACUUGCAGUAUCUAGCUUAUAUUUCUUUGGCUUAUAAUGAGUUGCAAGGAUCUAUUCCGGAGUCACUCGGGAAAAUGAUAAGUUUGGAAUCAGCGAAUCUAUCCAAUAACAUUCUUUCAGGUACGAUUCCAAAAUCAUUAGAGGCACUUCGAUAUCUGAAGGAUUUCAAUGUAUCAUUCAAUAGAUUAGAAGGGGAAAUCCCAAUCAAAGAGAAGCAAAUUGCUACUGAUUAUACUUGUCCCAUUGGGAGCUUCCCUGAUAGAACUUGCCUCAAUUGUUGUGUUUAUGUUAAGGAGACGUGCGAAUAG